AUGGCCCUCGAGAAGGAAUCCCUCUCCUCUACCCCUCCCGCCACCCACAAUGAGCAUGGCAUAUUCUCCCACCCGCAUGAAUACCGCCAUACCACGGUCGACGGCCAGCCCCCCUACGCGGAACACGGUCCUCUGGUCGAUCACAAAAUCCCCCAGGAGGAUGUCGUCCAAUCCGAGCCAGAUCUGGCCUGGAGCAGGUUUCGGCAUUACAUGCGGGAACCCUUCUCCGAGUUCUUUGGCGUCUUUAUCCUAAUUCUCUUUGGCGACGGCGUUGUAGCUCAAGUCGUUCUCAGCAACGAUACCAAAGGUGACUACCAGUCGAUCUCCUGGGGCUGGGGCUUGGGCGUUAUGUUGGGAGUGUACACCGCUGGCAUCUCAGGAGCCCAUUUAAAUCCUGCAGUAACGUUCGCCAACUGCGUGUAUCGCAAGUUUCCGUGGCGGAAGUUCCCCGUCUACAUGGUUGCUCAGACGUUGGGGGCCCUCUGCGCCUCGGGCGUGGUGUACGCCAACUAUAAAUCGGCCAUCGACGUUUUUGAAGGCGGCGCCCACAUUCGAACUGUCCCGGGCUAUUCAGACACUGCAACGGCGGGAAUCUUCUGCACCUACCCGGCGGCGUUUAUGACCAAGACUGGACAGUUCUUCUCCGAGUUCAUCGCUAGCUCUAUCCUUAUGUUCUGUAUCUACGCUCUUAAGGACGACGGCAAUCUGGGAGCUGGCAACCUGACGCCCUUGGGGCUGUUCUUCGUCAUUUUCGGCAUCGGCGCUUGCUUCGGCUGGGAAACCGGCUAUGCAAUCAAUCUGGCCCGAGACUUUGGCCCGAGAUUGAUGUCGUAUAUGCUUGGGUACGGUCCACAUGUGUGGCACGCUGGCAACUAUUACUUCUGGGUACCUAUGGUUGCGCCUUUCUUCGGAUGCACAUUUGGUGGCUUCCUAUACGACGUGUUCCUGUUCACCGGUGAAUCACCCAUCAACACGCCGUUUCUGGGAUUGGCCAGAUUCCUCAAGCCGAACCGGGAGACGUGGUCCAACACAUAUGUCCCGCGAGAAGGUUCCAAGGUGUAA